AUGCAUUUACGCGCUUCACAAGGUCCUGGGUAUAGUGUUGGUGGGGGGUACAUGGGUCCCAGCGCUCCUACGAUGGGUGCCAAUAUGGGAUACUAUGUUAAUCCCAUGGACAGGCGGCCCAUAUAUACAAAUAAUCCGAUGGGGAAGCCGUAUAGUGGCGCAGGUUAUCGGGAUGAUGCAUACAGGCGUCCGCGUGAUGAUUAUCGCGGUGGUAAGCGUCCAAGGGGCAGAAGCCCGGUUAGCGAUCGGCGAUCCCACGGUCAUGACAACUACCAACGGAAAGAUAGCAGAUCUGGUAGGCGGCCCCAAUAUACCGGUCGCUACGAAGUGAAAUUCCCCAAACUUCCGCUCACUUUAAAGUCUGCAACGGUUCCCGAGCUCCGACUUAUGCAUUACAAUCUUAAUAUCCCCGGUGAUUUUUCUAAGGCUUGUUUCACGUGGCAGGAAGCGUUCCCGUUGCACGAGCCGAUGCGGAUCGCCACUAAAUCAGACGUAUAUAUUUUACACAAGGAUGUGGAAACACACUAUGUUCAUCCGACUAAUGCUCUGAACGUUCCGGAUGCGGAUUACUCGUAUUCGGUUCGUAUAAUGCCGGUUGCCUCACCUGAGCUAGGUGAUUUGUAUAAACAAACCUUCCGUGCUGCUGAUGAGAAGGUUGAUUCUGAAAAGAUUCCGGCUAUUAAGAAUAUACACUUUUUAGUCGGUGGAAAGUCGAAAAGUGAGACAUUGGCCAUCGGAGGCCCCUGGUCACCCAGUCUGGAUGGUCCAGACCCGGAUAGCAAUUCUCAAACGCUUAUUAACACAGCUAUUAGGACUUUCAAGGGGUUCACUGGCGUAGAUCUCUCAUCUGUAACCGAGUGGGUGCGCUUCCUCGAGAUCCGCUACUAUCGUGCUGCGGCUACAAAGGCUCCCACGAUGAUCGAGGAGGAAGAGGAGCGGGAAAUAAGCGAGGACAAGCAGGAGGUUGUCGUCUUCUUCAUCCCCGACAUUUCACACCUUGUGCCGUCUGAGGAGGAGUGGGAAAAGACGAAAAAGACGUACGCAGACACUUUUCAAAAGCUCUUUGAAUCUCCAGAAUCAGAGAGGCCUGAAGAAUCUGCCAAAUCUGAGCAAGCUGCCUCUGAGCUGAUGGAGACCACUCAGGUCUCCGAAUCAGUCUUGGAUGAGAGCCAGGAGAGUUCCCACGCCGAACAAGUUGAAGGGGAACCAACUCACUAUUCUAAACUGGAUGUCAAUAGCAUGAAG